AUGCGGUCAAGAAGGAAUGAGACCAACGAGGAAUCGAGCGUUCGAGGCCCAAAUAGUGCGCUGACGGCUUUUUUGAGAGAGCAAGGAAUUACUGCAGAGGUCAUAGAAAGAAGAAACCGUCAACGUGAAGAACAGGAGGAACUCGAACGUGCGGCUGUUACACAGCGAGUUGCCACAGACGCGAAUUCGGAUAUCGAGGAGCUGGUUGACGCUGCUACCUCAAAAAGAAGAGCCGCGGAUGUGAGCGACGACGAUGGAGAUGAUGGAAACCACGACCGUGAUCCAGAUGGCAAAAGUUACUGUCUUGACUGUGACGUUGAGUUCAAGAUUACCGUUCUAUCCAAACGGGCUGAACGCAACGGUAGGGCGGGUUAUCUUUGCGCUGAUUGCACUUUAAUUCAACAGAGAAAGGCACGGAAUGCUCGGAGGAAUGAGGUAGAGGCUCGCAAAAGGCGUAAGAAGGUAGCUGCUGCAUUACUGGACAAACAAGAAUACAAACUGCCUUCGUUGCAGGACAUCUGCGUGAAGUUGAUCUCUCAAAACAUCGAAGAAGUGGAUGCUUUUGGCGAUAUUGGGACUGUAAAUAUGAGAAAGAUCUCCAAGAUUUUGUCUAAAAAUCGGUCGUUGAAUGGCCAUACAAUGACACUGUUCUUAGAUGCAGGACUGAAGGAACUCGAGUUUUGGGAUUGCUCCAAUAUGGAUAGUGAUUCGUACACCAAAAUUGCAGCCUUUUGUCCGCGCAUAGAGAGACUGACUUUGUGGAUGUGUGGCCAGCUUCAUAACGACAAUUUGCGUUAUAUUGCGACGAAUCUGCCCAAUCUCACGCACCUCACUUUGAACGGACCUUUCCUAAUCAGCGAUUCAUGCUGGCAGGAUUUUUUUGAGAUUGUGGGUUCACGGCUCAAAGGGUUUCAUAUUUUGAAUACCCAUCGUUUUUCGAACGACUCGAUGGUAUCAUUAUUGGAAAACUGUGGAUCAGGGCUGGAGGAAUUGACCAUCUCAAGGAUGGACGGCCUUGACUCCAAACCGGUCUAUGACAUUCUGCCCCAUUAUCUCACAAAACUGAAACAUCUGGAAAUUUCUUAUCCAACAAAGGAAGAACUUGUCGAUGAUGCGCUCAUUGUGAAUCUUCUUUCUGUCAAUGGUGAAACUUUGGAGACUUUGAUUCUGGACGGGUGUUCGGGGCUUACUGAUGCCACAUUAGUAUCAGGAAUUCGGCCGUUUUGCCCAAGCCUCCGAAAAUUAUCGCUUGGACUGUUGGACCAGAUUACCGAUGAUGGGGCCUCGCAACUGUUCACAGACUGGGAUAUCAACGAUGGACUCAUGGAGGUGAGUUUGCGACGUUGUACAGCUCUGACUGAUGCGGGGGUCUACCCUAUGUUAGAACAUUCUCGGUCGACACUAAUCGAGCUGAAUUUGAACUCGGUUUACGGAAUUACCACCCAAAUGUUCCAGGAUUGGUCUCGAAACCUGAAACUUGGUCUCUUGACUUCUCUCGAUAUCGGCUUCGUUCAAAGCGUCAAUGACAAAGCUGUGAGCAUUUUGGGCCGCGUAUGCCCAAAGCUUACGAUUCUGGAGGUUUAUGGUUGCAAUAAUUGUACUCAAGAGGCAACUGUGAGGUCGGGUCUAAGGCUUAUUGGGAGACAAACAGAUAAUUUUUGA